AUAAAUAGCCUCGGGGGAUUCGAUGGUCCAGAGAAGAAAAGGUUUGUUAAUCUAAUAAGAGUCUUUUAUUCCAAGAUGGCUUAUGAGAAACUAUUAGCCAAAUGCCCUCCAUCUUCAUAGGAAAUAAGUGAGAGGAAUUGAAUUUAAACCUCAGGGAAAACCACUUCAGCUGGGCGCGAGGAGGCUUGUUUUAUGUGGCAGUGGUUGCUAUCAAGUUAAUUUGCAAUAUUAUAAAAACAAAACCCAUGUAAUGUCCUCCGAGAGCAGCUCCUGUGAAUGGGUUUACAUCUGUCUGAGGCCUGAUGGCCUUGUGAUCCCCUAAAAGGAGGACAGUCCUCUUGGGGUGCUUUCUUCUGUGUGCUGAAGGAAGACAUUUGGCCUUUGGUGUUCACAGAGGCCAUUUCAUUGUGCCCAGGAGACCAGAUAUUGGAGUCAUUGUGUCAUAAAACGAGUGGUUGGAGAGUUUUACACAAACCACAGGGUGUGGUGGAAGGACACAUUGCUCCCGUGCCCUGAACAGAGCAAGGUCUCCCAGCUGCUGCUCCCUCCCUAACGAUAGCUACUACAAGAGUGGUUGUUCAGUUCUAGAAAUUCUACAGCUUACAGUGUAAUUUCACAUCUUCUCUCCUUUUGACUUUACAUUCGAGCCUAGACAGCUCCCACUGAGAGACCGACCAUCACGCGGCCGUUAGUUCAAAGCCCUUUCCAGCCCAAGUCUGUUCUGCAGAUCUGCCCCUCUCUGCUCUUGAGCCCAGAAUGGACCGUCAUCACGUUGCAGUGUUUCUUAAAGACCACACAUCCUUUAGCUCCUCUGCAUUUUUGCUGUGCUCUCCCUUCACAUCCCUUGUCUGUUCAGAAAGCUCUGGCUUGGCUCAUAAUCAGGCCUGCACGUUAUCUCUUGUGUAGGUCAGUGUUCUCCUUGGCAGAAUUCAUCACUCCUUUUUUGGGUACCCACAGUCCUGGAUAAUAGAGCACACCACUUAUCCUCAGUAGCUCAUCUUCCCUGACUCUUUCUUUCCUUAUCACAAAUACUUUGUCUUUCAGUGGAAUUCUGUGAAACUUAAAUACCGAAGAAUACUAUAUACAAAUGUAAUAGUUUGGUAUUAAUAGAAACGUGGGAGACUCCUGGGUCGCUCAGUCAGUUAAGUGUCUGCCUUUGGCUUAGGUCGUGAUCCCAGAGUCCUGGGAUCGAGUCCCACAUCAGGCUCCUUGCUCAGUGGGGAGCCUGCUUCUCCCUCUCCCUAGUGCUCCCCCUGCUUGUGUUCUUUCUCCCUCUCUCUCUGACAAGUGGAUGGAUAAAAUCUUUUUAAAAAAAUAGUAGAAAUGUGAAUAUAGAUAUUAGGUUAUAAUUACAACUAGUUUUUGGUGGGUGUUCCCAACCCUUGAGCACAGCAACCCUAAUAAUGUAUUUGCCUUCAUCUCCUAAACACUGAAUCCAAGUCCUCAUACUUAACAAGUGAGAUUGAGUUAGUGUGAAGUGGGCAUAAUGAGAUAUUACCACCUCGUACACAUUCCAGUCAGGAAGGGAGGGAGGGGUGAGAGGAAGGAAGGAAGGAAGGAAGGGCUGUUGGCUGGGCUGUAGAGAAAUUGGAACCCCUGUGCACUAUUCAUAGGAAUAUAUAAUAUCUACUGUGGAAAACAGUAUGGUGGUUCUUCAAAAACUUAAAAACCAAAUUACUCUAUAUGAUCUGAGAGUUCUGGUAGAAGCAACCCAAGCAUCCACCAAUAGACAAGUGGAUAAACCAAAUGUUUCUUAUACAUACAGUGGAAUAUUGUUUAGCUCUGAAAAAGGAAAUAAAUCCCGACACCUGCUAUAACAUGGAUGGACCCAGAACACAUUACAUUAGGUGAAAGAAGCGCAUCAUAAAGGGACAAAUCCUAUGUGCUUCCACUGAUGUGAGGUCCCUAGAGCAGUCAGAUUCAUAGAGUCAGAAAGUAGAACGGGGCUUGCCAGGUCCUAGCAGGAGGAGGGAACAGGGAGUUCCUGUUUAAUGGCGACAGAGCUUCAGUUGGGAAGAUGAAAAAGCUUCUGGGGAUGGACAGUGGUGACAGUUGCACAAUGAUAUGAAUGUACCUAAUGCCACUCAACUGAACUCUUACAGUUAGGGCGGUGAAUUUCCACGUUACGUGUACUUCACCACAGUUCCUAGACAUUUUAUUUAUUUAUUUAUUUAUUUAUUUAUUUGUAAAAAUCAUUUAUUUAUUUAUUUGACAAAAGAAAUCACAAGUAGGCAGAGAGGCAGGCAGAGAGAGAGAAAGGGAAGAAGGCUCCCUCCUGAGCAGAGAGCCAGACAUGGCGCUCGAUCCCAGGACCCUAGGAUCAUGACCUGAGCCAAAGGCAGAGGCUUGAACCCACUAAACCACCCAGGUGCCCCUGUUUCUAGACAUUUAAAUUCAAAACAUUUAAAUUUUUAAAAACAAGACACAGAGAAGUCUCUACUGGUUGGUUCCAUUUGUUCAGGGCACGGCCAUCAGUUGAUGGUGUUUGAUGUUGAGAUAAUGGUUACCCUGGGGAAGGAAGAGUAACUAGAAAGCAGGAGGAGGUUCUAGCGUAUGGCCAUAUUCUAUCUUUUGAUCUGGCUGUUAUCACAUAGGUGUGUAUGGUAUGUGAACUUCUCCGAGCUCUCCAGUUGUGACUUGUAAGGUUUUCUAUGUGUCUGUUAUACUCCAAAAAUAAUUCCAGAAAUGGAGAUCCUUAGAGCCACAGCAGACUAUAGAGUCAGACUCUGUGAGGCUGGGACCGGGGGACCCUGCAUCUUAAAACCUUCCCUUCCAGGUUUUUCUUAAGAGCAUUGGAUUUGGGGAAUCUUCACUAAAAGAAAGGGAUCGGAGAAACAGCCUCCAAUGCCCAAGAACCCCAUUCUGCACUAAUAAUAAAUAUUCCUUAGAAAAGAAAUUCUUGAUAUCUUGGAGUCACUUAGCUUCCCCAGUUGGGAAAACACCUAUCAUCUUUCAGGUGCUGAGAAAUCAGUGAUGUAGAGAAAGGUGUGAAUGUGUAUUUUAAUAUAUUACAUUUAAAAUAGUAUUUCUUAUAAUUUGUCAUACGCACAAUGACUCGCGAAUAUUUUGAGGCCCUCUAAAAACAGGCAGGUGCUAGGACCUAAUGGAAGUCAGGCUUUCAGUAGGAGGGGAGACAGCACUAUGGGGUGUGGUCCCCUGGAAGCAGGUACAGAAAAGCCAGUUCUUCCACCUGGAAGCUAAUGAGACUCCAUUUCAACUCUCUCCACACCACCUCCGAGACACCAGCAGCUUUCACACUUGCUUGUCAAACCAAAAGCAUGUUUCUUGCAAAGGCUUUAUUGGAAGGGGCCGAUCGAGGUCUUGGGGAAGCUCUCGGAGGCCUUCUUAGAGGAGGUGGUCAGAGAAGAGGAGGAGGAGGAGGAGGAGGAAAUAUCGGAGGGAUAGUUGGAGGAAUCGUGAAUUUCAUCAGCGAGGCUGCAGCAGCUCAGUACACCCCAGAACCGCCUCCCACUCAGCAGCAUUUCACGACCGUGGAGGCCAAUGAAAGUGAGGAAGUUCGUCGGUUUCGACAGCAGUUUGCCCAGCUGGCGGGACCGGACAUGGAGGUGGGUGCCACCGACCUAAUGAAUAUUCUCAACAAAGUCCUUUCCAAGCACAAGGACCUGAAGACCGACGGCUUUAGCCUUGACACCUGCCGGAGCAUCGUGUCCGUGAUGGACAGUGACACAACCGGCAAGCUGGGUUUCGAAGAAUUUAAAUACCUCUGGAACAACAUCAAGAAGUGGCAGUGUGUUUAUAGGCAGUAUGACAGGGACCGCUCUGGGUUCCUGGGACGUUCCCAGCUGCGUGAGGCCCUGCAGGCAGCGGGUUUCCAGCUAAACGAGCAGCUUUACCAAAUGAUCGUCCGCCGCUAUGCCGAUGAGGACGGCAGCAUGGAUUUCAACAACUUCAUCAGCUGCCUGGUCCGCCUGGAUGCCAUGUUCCGUGCCUUCAGAUCCCUGGAUAGGGACGCAGACGGUCUGGUUCAAGUGUCGCUCCAAGACUGGCUGCAACUGACCAUGUAUUCCUGAAGCCGGCCCCUCCCCGAGGACGGGACUCCUGACAGCCUCGCCCUCCCGUCCCCACAGCGGCUGAUGCCCUGUCCCAGAGUUGUCAUUUCCUGCGAGCUCAUAUAUCUCCCUGCAUGCUUCUGAACUGGGACUGCCCCUUGGUGCUCAAUUAAAAUAGUUUUUUUUUUUUGUUUUGUUUUGUUUUUUUUUUUUUAAUGAGAAAUGUUCUGAGUGGUUUGUAUGUCAGCUCUGUGAGAUACUGGAUGUGUAGGGAUGUAUGUAUGGGGUUGGGGGGCGUGGGGCAUAGCCCCCUUGGAAUAGAUUUUGAUAGGGCAUUGCUUAUUUGGUGAGCGAAUUCCAAGGAGCAGGAAACUUGUUGUCAUUGAGAAUGAAAUCUUGAAAAAAGAAAACCCUGGAGUAAAUCAAGAAAGCCUUCAAGAGACCUAUUUUUCCCUUUAAAAAAGGUGAGGAGGAGUGAAGUUCAGAAUCUGUUUUUCUCUUAAUUUCACAUCUGGUCUUUCCAUUAUGAAAAAAAGAGAGAGAAAAAAAGAGAAAGAAAAAGUGUUUUCCUGGAAGCCUAUUUAACUGUAUAGAAACAGGUUCAGAAAUGAGAAAAGAAGCAGUUUCACGUAAGGGAAGUAUAUAUAAGUUUUUAACAAUAGAGCGACUGUCUGAAAUUCCAGAAUUCUUUAGUCCUGUUUCUCUAGUAAAAUAAGCACGCAGCAAAUUUGUUUUGUUUUGAUGUAUUUGUAAAGAGGGUCAGGGCAUCGGGGAAGGAAGGGUGGACCCGUAGCCCAAUAUGUCAGUCUCAAUCAUUCUUCCACGCGCUUCAUACAAAAUCGGGCUUGCCCAACACAUGUUGGCCUGCUCCUGUCGUGUCUUGCCCUGCCUCAGAGCUAGGAAUGUUUUGUUGUUGUUCCUUUUGCGAAACUGUGGACAGAAGAAACAUAAGUGAAGGAGCAAAAAUAGGUGUUGGGGGGAGCAUAGAGUGAUCGGUUAUUUGGUAUAUAAAGGAAUAUAAAGAUGUUUAAGUACUGCUGAGUGUCACAGGGGUUCUCAGUCCGGACCAUGAUUCAGAAUCACAGGGAGAGCUCUUGAGGAAUACUGACGGCUGAGUCCCACUCCGGAUGCAUUGAAGAACAAUCUUUCGAGGUGGGGCUUGGAGACGAGUAUUUUUAAAGCUCCCCGGGUGAUUCCAGUAAGCAGCCAAGGUCACCAGCCUGGGCAGUCGUCCCUUGCUUGUGUAUGUAUGGCCCUUGGUUUGGCUCUGUCAUUUUGAUUCAGGCGGUGAUGAUGGGGCGGGCAGAAUCCAGAAUGCCCAGCUAGGCAAGUAGACAGAACCACGGCGGCUGUGUAUGCAAGGACUCAGUAACCCUCCCCUCUCCCCACCCCACCCCUGCCCUGCUAUUGAAUUGGUUCCCACCACUCCCGCUUCUUUGGCCCUCAGUGCAUUCCCUCCCUCUCCAAAGGCUAGUUUAGAGGGUCCUCCUGAGUUUGAAGAUCAAUUCUUCCUUCCUCUUUUGACCCAUUUCAAGGAAAGUUUUAACUCUGGAACUGAUGUCAUUCUCCUGUUAACAGUCCGCAGCGGCAGGUGAGAAAUCCCCAGGGCCAGUUGGGAGAGGUUGGCUUUCGGUCUCCGUGCUCACCAUCGUCACCAUCGUCACUCUCAUGGGAUAUUUAUACAACACUAUGUGCGUAUCCUUCUGCGCAGAGUCAGGCCCAGGGACCGCGUCUGCCUUCCGCGAGGGACCUGUAUGUGUAAGCUCGCUCCAGUGGGCUGCCCAGCCAGCUCUGCUCAUACCAGAAGGAGGCUGCUGCCAACAUCCACACGUAUUGAUUUCAGGAUCCCCAUGUUAGAAUCAGCCCAUUCAUAUGUCAGGCGCGAGCAUAGGCAUCUAGCCAAGAAAGGGGAGAGCUGCCAAGGUGCCUUUUAAGGCCUCAGAACAUUAGGUUUAUUAUUUAACCUUUCCACAUGAUGGCUGCAGAAAGGGCAACUGAGCCUUACCCUGGUGGUCCUCAGUUAUUUCUAAAUAUUUUAUGAAAGUUAAGGCAGUUGCGUCGUGCUGGGGGGUGGUAGUAAGUAUUUUUCGUGCUCCUCGGGUCAGGGGAUUUUCUGCCCUUACAAUUCCCUUCUUGCCCGCCCAGGGCAAAAACAUCCUGAAGUCACCUCCAUGUCCCUUCUGUUUUCUUCUGGAUUUGUAUAACGUUUGUAUGGGUCACCCCAGACAUUAGAGAAAAUGCUAGAAAAUCCAGUCUAAACUCCAGACUUUGUCAAGUACUCAAAACUUUGGCAUUGCCGAGAACCGAGAGCCUGAUGAGUAAUUGAACUUCUUAGUAUGUUUUUUUUUUUUUUUGAUGAACAUUUUUUAAAAUUUAUUUAUUUUCAGCAUAGCAGUAUCAGUAUCAU